AUGGAUAUCAUAAAACAGACCAAGAAAUCCACAACCACAGGUCGCAAGAAGAUCGAGAUAAAGGAGAUAGACAAGGACUCCAACAAACAAGUCACCUUCUCAAAACGACGCACCGGACUGUUCAAGAAAGCCAGCGAGCUCUGCGUCCUGUGCAAUGCUCAGAUCGCCAUGAUCGUGUUCUCACCGGCCGACAAAGCCUUUUGCUUUGGCCAACCCAACGUCGAAGCCGUCCUCCGCCGCUACCUCCGUGGUGGAGCAGAAGAUAAUAACGACGCGAGCGAGUUCAGUUCGGCGUCUUACGAAGAACUUAAUAGACAACACGAAGAAGCAGCGAGGGCAUUGGAGAUGGAGAAGCAGCAACUGGAGGAGAUCGAGAAUGUGGCUAAGGUAUGGAAUAGAGGGAACUGGUGGGACGAACCGAUUGAUGAGAUGGAUUUGGAUGAGUUAGAGCAAUAUGUGGCGGCCAUGCAUGAGUUAAGAAGAAAGGUGGCUGAGAAGGCCGAUGAGUUAAUGAGGGUUUCGAUAAUGCCGUCGGUGCCAUCGUUUUAUGGAGAAAGUUCAUUGGGUGGUCUUCUUAUCGGAGGCGGCGGAGGCUAUGGUGGUUUUCCUAACCAGUUUGGCGGCGGCCUUGUUGCUUAUCAUGACAAGUUUGAAUUUUGA